UCAAAGGGGCAGAGCUCCGUGUCAGCGAGGAGUUUGAUUAUGACUGCCUCGUAACAAGAGAAGCCUUGUGGACAACUGCUGUUUAAUAAAAACACAUUCACACAAUAUGUGUGCACGGCCAUUGAUGUUACUGUCAAAGCUGGUAUAGGUUACUAUUCAAUCUCUGUCGAAAUGAUACGGACACUAAACAGCGCGUCGUUUGCUGUUUUAUUUGCAACCGUGCCAAAGUCCACGAUAUGCAGAACAGCUAGAAUACACAGUACGUGUGAUGUGGCUGUGGUGGGUGGAGGCAUCGUGGGCCUGGCCUCAGCCAGAGAGCUCAUCCUCAGACACCCCACGCUUAGCUUCAUUCUGCUGGAGAAGGAGAAGGACCUGGCCGUCCACCAAAGCGGCCACAACAGUGGUGUGAUCCACAGUGGGAUUUACUAUACCCCUGGUUCUCUGAAGGCCCGUCUCUGUGGCAAAGGGGCCACUAUGGCCUACGAAUACCUGGACAAGAAAGGACUCCCCUAUAAGAGGUGUGGAAAGCUGAUCGUCGCUGUGGAGCGAGAGGAGAUUCCCAGGCUCAAAGCGCUGUACGAGCGAGGACAGAAGAACAACGUGCGUGACCUCACCAUGAUAGACGCCAAGGGGAUCCGAGAGAGAGAGCCCUACUGCAGGGGUCUGAUGGCCCUGGACUCUCCCUACACUGGCAUCGUGGACUGGAGGCUGGUGUCACUCGCAUACGCCAAAGACUUCCAGGAGGCUGGAGGGACCGUGGUUACUGAAUAUGAGGCUAGUGACAUGGCCAUGGUGAAGGAAAGCCCCGCUGGUAACACUGAUGGAAUAAAAUAUCCCAUCGCUAUCAGAGACUCAAAGGGUAAGGAGGUACGGUGUCGGUAUGUGCUGACCUGUGGUGGUCUGUACUCUGACCGCCUCUCUCAGAUCUCUGGCUGCAGUCCAGACCCUCGCAUUGUCCCCUUCAGAGGAGAUUACCUAGUCCUGAAGCCUGAGAAACACUAUCUGGUCCGGGGAAACAUCUACCCUGUUCCUGACCCUAAGUUCCCCUUCCUGGGGGUCCACUUCACCCCGCGGAUGGACGGCAGUGUUUGGCUGGGUCCCAACGCCGUCCUGGCCUUUAAACGAGAGGGAUACAAGCUGUACGACUUCGAUGCCCGGGACUUUGUAGAUGCACUCUCUUUCAGAGGUCUGCAGAAGCUGGUGAUGAAUAACCUAGUGUAUGGUGUUGGAGAGAUGUACAGAGGGGUGUUCAUCGGAGCUCAGGUCAACAUCUUAAAGAAGUUCAUCCCAGAACUCUCUCUAAACGACGUGCUCAGGGGUCCAGCAGGGGUGAGGGCCCAGGCUCUGGACCGCGAUGGGAACCUGGUAGAUGACUUUGUGUUUGACGUUGGUGUCGGUGAUGUGGGCAGCAGGGUCCUCCAUGUACGCAACGCUCCGUCGCCCGCCGCCACCUCUUCCCUGGCCAUAGCAGAGAUGGUGGCAGACGAGGUGGAGAGACGUUUCAGCCUCUAAAAACUCUAGAGGCGCUCUUCAGAUGCAUACCCAAAUGGCAUCCUAUUCCCUACUUUUGAGUUCUUUUUUUACUUCUAUGCACAACUUUUGACCAGAGCCCACAGGGAAUAGGGUGGCAUUUGGGACGUACCUACACUUCCCCUACCAACACUUCCCCAACAACAUUGAUCCAUCUGAUCCAGCUGCAGGUCACCUAGUGAUAUAGUGAAGCAGUGAUGAUGCUAGGAUGCUAAUCUCGGGUCAGUUCUGCAUUAUCCCCAAUGGUUAGUUUGGAGUGGGCGAGUGUAAACUGAUCCUGGAUCUGCGCCAAGAAACUUCACCAGGAAAUGAUCCAUCCAAUCUGCUGUUACUGCUGCUCACUGGUCCAGUGUCCACCUGCGUCAGCAGAGGAAGGUUGUAAAAUCCGGUAACUUUCCAAAAAUUCCCAGGUUUUCCAGAAAUCCAGGUUGGAGGAUUACAGGAUUAUCUGCUUAGUCCCUCCUAAUUGCAGGAAUAUUCCAACAGGGAUUUCUGGAAAACUCGGUAGGUUUGUAAAUGUUACUGGAAUUUGCAACCCUACAGCAGAUUGGUCAGGCUAGAAUGGAGUACACUGAGCAGCAUGUCAGACCAAUACGAGAAAUCACUGUCAGACCAAUACGCAGCGGGUUCCACAUCAUUUUAUUAAGUUUGAUGCACACGGAAAAAACAAUAAAGUAGAACGACAGGAGACAGUUUCACAGGCUAUAACUAUACGUAGCAGUGCGAAAUAAAACAACCCACAAAAACCAGGUGACAAACACACUCCUAAUAUAUGACUCCCAAUCAGGAACAACGAUAACCAGCUGUCCCUGAUCGGGAGCCACACAGACCAACAUAGAAACAGAAAUACCAGAAAAACACAUACAACACAGUACUUCUGCCACGUCCUGACCAAAAAUACUAAACAACUACUCCCUCUGCUGGUCAGGACGUGACACAUGUACUGAAUGGAAUACACUGAGCAGCAUGUACUGAAUGGAGUACACUGAGCAGCAUGUACUGAAUGGAGUAUGUAAAGUGCAUUCGGAAAAUAUUCUGACUCCUUGAUUUUCUUUUUCUCCACAUUUUGUUACGUUACAACCUUAUUUCCCUCAAUCUACACACAAUACCUUUUAUAAUGACAAAACGAAAACAGGUUUUUUGAAAUGUUUGCUAAUUUAUUAAAAAUAAAAAGGCACAGAUCCUGGUAAGUGUACCAAAACAUUUCUGCAGCAAUGAACUCCACCAAUCAGGUAGUGGCCAGACGAAAGCACCUCUUCAGUAAAAGGCACAUGACAGCCAGCUUGGAGUUUGUCAAAAGGCACUUUAAGGACUCUCAGACCAUGAGAAACAAGAUUAUCUGGUCUGAUGAAACCAAGAUUGAACUCUUUGGCCUGAAUGCCAAGCGUCACGACUGGAGGAAACCUGGCACCAUCCCUACGGUGAAGCAUGGUGGUGGCAGCAUCAUGCUGUGAGGUUGUUUUUCAACGGAAGGGAGUGGGACACUAGUCAGGAUUGAGGGGAAAGAUGAACGGAGCCAAAUACAGAGAGAUACUUGAUGAAAACCAGCUCCAGAGCGCUCAGGGCCUCAGACUGCUUUGUAAUUCUGGGGUAUUGUGUGUAGAUUGAUUGGGGGGGGCUAUUUUAAUCAAUUUUAGAAUAAGGCUGUAACAUAACAAAAUGUGGAAAAGUCGGGUGGGUCUGAAUGCGCUGUAGGUGGAAGACUAGAGGGUAAUUGUGAUCUAUAGAAUCCCUUAAGCAAAGGGCCUAGACUAGGGUUGAAUAUUUUCCCAGUAUUUUAAAUCUGCCAUCCAGAGAAUAAAUCACUUUUUUCUCCGUGGUAACCCGGUAUUUCCCAUCAAAACCGGUAGUGUCAUUCAAAAGCAUUAGAAAGCAAUAUAAAGCAUUAUAAAUAGGCCCAUGUCUGGAUUUGAUUAGAGCUUGGAUAGAAAAUUAAAGCCUGGGGCCUCCUGAGUGGCGCAGCGGUCUAAGGUACUGCAUCGCAGUGCUUGAGGCGUCACUACAGACCCGGGUUCGAUCCCAGGUUGACACAACCGGCCGCUACCAGGAGUCCCAUAGGGCGGCGCACAAUUGGCCCGGUGUCGUCCGGGGUAGGGUAGGCUUUGGAAGGGGGGGCUUCACUUGGCUCAUCGCGAUCUAGCGACUCCUUGUGGUGGGCCAGGUGCCCGCAGGCUGACUUCAGUUGUCAGUUCAAUGGUGUUUCCUCUGACACAUUGGUGCAGCUGGCUUCCUGGUUAAGCGGGCGGGUGUUAAGAAGCGCAGCUUGGCGAGUCAUGUUUCAGAGGACUCGUGACUCGACCUUCACCUCUCCCAGCCUCGUUGGAGAGUUGCAGCGAUGAGACAAGAUCGCAAUUGGAUAUCACGAAAUUGAGGAGAAAAGGGGGUAAAAUACAACACAAAAUAACAAAAAUAUUUUUAAAAUUCAAGCCUGAUGCUACCUGAGCCUGAUGGGCCCUACAUUAGACAUUUAAUGAACCCUACAUUUAAGACAUUUUAAUGAGCCCAAUAAUUGUGCCCAAAUAAUUGUGCUGUUUUCCAAUAGAUAUGACAUAUAGGCUACUGCACAUUACGCACGACAGAAAAACAUAAAUUCCCAUAGAUGGAGCUAUAGAUGUAGCUAGCUAUAUGCUCUCUUGGGUAAAUAAAUAAAACUAUCUGCAGUAGGCUAAUCUGUUUUGAGUGUGAACUGUAUUACUGUACUGUAUUAUACUAUAUUAUAUGGACUAGAAUUACGUACAUCUUUCGAACCAUGAUAAAGCAGGGAGAGAGAACAUACGAUGCGGCCUACAAGGUUACAAGUACAGGCUAGCGAAUUUGAUUUUAAUUUUGAAAUAUAAUAUUGCCUAUUUGUAUAAUUAGUAGGCUGACGCAUAUGUAGCUUUAAUAUUUCCCCUAAUGUUAUUAGCCUACGUCCUCUCUCUAUUGUUGCUUAUUCCUUAACUCGCUUUCAACAGUUUAAAUGAAAUGUUUCGUGUCCUAAAUCCAUUCUAAAUGACAUCGUUGAAUAAUAUAGGACUAGAAUUAGAUGCAGACGGCUUUCACUUCUCUUCACGAAGAUUGAAUGGUUAUGGGUCUGAAUAAAUACCUGCUGUAGCCUACCUCCAUCACUCUUUCAAACGAUGAGGCUGAUAGAUCUACAUGCAUUGUGAACUGCGUUCCGCACUGAGCAGGGCUGUCUGCAUGAUGAAUCAUCAACGUGCAGGGUGGGGGCAGAGGCCGUGGAGAAGACAGAUUUAGACAUCGCAUAUAAUUUAACAGUUCCAUUUCACCGCAUGCUGUUCAUAUAAAUCAUGUAUUAUAAUUUAUCCCGCGGGGAAAUGAGUGGUUUUGGCCAGUAAAUCUCAGUAACCGGGUUCCCACCGUUCAACCCAUGUCCAUGCUACCGAGGACCAGUUUUCCAGACAAGAUUAAACCUAAUCUUGGACUAAAAAGCAAAUGAAAUGGAGAAUCUCCGUAGAAAUAGCUUUAUACCGACGCUUAACGUUUGAAAUGUAGUUGGUUGCACAGAUGAUGCCAAUAAAUCACCAGAAUGUUCUAAAUGAAAGUCUUGCUCCACUGUGGUCCUGUAUGCUCAUGUGAUCCCUCAUUGCUUUUGGUUUUGGAUAAUGAAUAUGUACAGUAGUGCUAAACAUAUCUUGGUGUUCACCACCACUUCUGCAUUUUCAUAUUUAACGCAUUGAUUUAUGAUGAUUUAAAACCAUUUGUUUUAUCAUAAACUGAAUAUAUUUAUCAAAGUUUUGCGGUAAGAAUACUGCCAUUUUUUCAUUUUGCCGCAGUCACAUUUUUUGACAGUGAUUGUUUUUGAAAAACGGUUUAAUUUUGUUAGCCUGUUUACUGAGAUGAUAUGAAACGGUUUAAUUGAUUUGUCUACGAUUUGUAAUUCUCUCAUUUUGAGAUUUGUGAUGUGUACAACUCCAGAGACAAACGUUUAUUACAGAAAUUCAAUCUAUUUUAAAUAAAUGACUUUUCACAUUA